AUGCCAUUUAAUGCUAUAAAACUAGUGGAUUACCUCAGUAAAAUGGAACUGCGUUUACAUAGUCCUGCGGGUGCUGAACCCGUUGUUUAUACAUGGCCUCUUUCAGGAGGCUCUGGCUCGCAUGAUGGUGCUUUGGAAAUCGUAGAAACAAUAAGAUGGGUGUGUGAAGAUAUUCCCGAAUUGAAAUUACCUUUAGAAAAUAAUAUUUUAGCUGAUUACGAUACGAAAAGCUACGAUAGUAUGAGGAGUCUAUGUGAUCGAUUCAACAGAGCCAUCGACAGCAUAGUUCAAUUGGAAAAGGGAACUUCUUUACCAGCUGCUAGACUUAACAAGUAUCCGUCUAGGGGUUUAUUGAGGCACAUAUUGCAACAGGUUUACAAUCAAGCUGUUACCGAUCCGGAAAAACUAAAUCAGUACGAACCGUUUUCUCCGGAAGUGUAUGGGGAAACAUCGUACGAUCUUAUUUGUCAGAUGAUAGAUCAAAUUGAAAUCACUUCAGAUGAUAUUUUCGUCGACUUGGGAUCGGGAGUCGGUCAAGUCGUGUUGCAAAUGGCUGCUGCUACUCCUUGCAAAGUUUGCUUCGGAGUGGAAAAAGCUGAAGUUCCUUCACGAUAUGCCGAGGAUAUGAAUAAAAAUUUUAAAAAAUGGAUGGGAUGGUAUGGUAAAAAAUACGGUGAAUAUCAUUUAAUAAAAGGGGAUUUUUUAAAAGCCGAACACAGGGAGAAAAUUGUUUCGGCAACCAUUGUUUUUGUAAAUAAUUUUGCAUUCGGUCCAAACGUGGAUCAUUCUUUAAAGGAGAGAUUUGCGGAUCUUAAAGAUGGAGCUAGAAUUGUUUCGUCAAAAUCGUUUUGUCCUCUUAAUUUUCGAAUCACGGAUAGAAAUCUUUCAGACAUUGGAACGAUAAUGCAUGUCUCGGAAAUGUCUCCGCUAAAAGGUUCCGUGUCUUGGACUGGAAAACCAGUUAGUUAUUAUUUGCACAUAAUUGAUAGAACAAAACUUGAAAGAUAUUUUCAACGUACAAAAAAUCCUCGAGCGAGAGGUAAUAAUAACAGCAGUAGUAGUAAUAGUAAUAAUAAUAAUAGUAAUAAUAACCACAAUAAUGGAGGAUUGCAAGAUUCAAUAUCGAAUAACAUGUUGCGAAAUUCAAGAGCUCGAAGGGAUUCUUCCAAGCAAACAAUGAAUUCGGUUAGUUCUGAAUCUCGGGAUUCGGACGAGGAUAGCAAUUGUCCGCUGUCUACGGUUUCUAAAAAUGCCCGAAAUAAAUCGACCGUUCGGAGGUACGGACCAGAGACGAAUAGGAGAAAAUCUAGCAUAAGCGAGGAGGAAAACAAUAACAUUCAAAACACCAGCAACAAUAAUGGUAAAUUUAAAAAAGGGACAAAUAAAACAGUUCAAAAUAAAAAAUUGCGGAAAAAUGUUAAGGCUAAUGAUAAAAAUCUAAACCCUCCGCCUAGAGCGCCUCCUGCUCCAAAAAGAACAAAAACGAAAUUGCGACGUGGAAAAGCCAAGAAAACGUUGAAAAUUACUGGAUUAGAUUUACUCCACAGUCAAACAUUAUUAAGCACAUCUCCACAAGCCAUAGGUAAAAAACUUCCUCCUGCGCCGGGUUGUGUCGAUCAACAAUUGACUGCCUUACGCGUUAUGCCUUCCGUCGAACUUUCCGAUGUUCAUAACGAAUUGGAUAUUCCCCCGGCUCCGGCAGAUACUCCAUACGCUUUGCAAUUGCUUUUGGAAAUGUACAGAGCUCAAUAUUUACAGUUAUUAGAACUAAUUAAAACCCCCCAGCAUAAAUUAGAUGUUAAGGCUCAGAUCGAAACUGAAAAAGAAAAAAAUGAAAAAUUGAAAAGUAGAGCUGCUCAGUUGGAAAAGCAAAUAAAUGUCCUUGUUAGUGAUAGCGUUGCUUUAUUAAAAGCUAGAAUGUCAGAACUUGGAAUAAAUGCUACCAGUACGGCUGACUUAUUAAAAGAAGCCAAAGAUAUAGUUUGGCGGCAUAGAGAACUGCAAGCGAGAGCGGUUCAGUUGCAAAAUCAAGUGUCUACAAUCGAGGAAGAUCAAGCGAAAUUGGUUUCGCAAAGGCAAAAAGAAAUCAUUGAAAAGUACAAAAAAAUAGGAUACGCAAAUGGUGUUAACGAGAGCAUAGAUAUUUCUACGUUAACGUUGGAAUACAUAUUGAAAGAAAUAUCGGUUACGCUGUCUCAUAGAAAAAGACUACAAAAUCAUGUCACUAGAUUAGAAAAUGAAUUGAACGCUAUGGAAAAAGCAGAAGAAGAUAAGAAAAUUUUAUCUAACGUACCAAAGCAAAUCGUGGUACCGGAAAAGUCUUUGAGUCAACUGAAUCAAUCGAAAUCUCCCAGAAAAAGUAGGGAACACAGAUCGCGAUCCCAAGAGUGGCCGGAAGUUCCGAACAUUGAAAAAAUCGAAGAAAAUAAUCCCGAAAUUUUGGCACAAAAAAUUUUGGAAACUGGAAGGCAAAUUGAAGCCGGAAAAUUCCCUAGCUCUAAUAUUAAGUAUAAUAAUAGCUUGUCAAAUGGUUACGUCGCAAAUGAAAGUAAAUUUUCUUCUGAUGCUAACAUUAGGCAACACAAUUAUUAUCCUCCGACAUCCACCAACGGAAGAAAUGUGGGAAUGACUAAAACGGAUUCGACUACUAAAACCAAGUGGAAAUCUCAACAUGUUAAAGAAAAACAAUCUUAUAAUGCAAAUCGUACCCAAGAACCUCCUCGUUUGGAUAAUUUCGAAGAUAGGUUAAAAAGCAUAAUUACAAGUGUUUUAAACGAAGAUCAGAAUAAUAGAGAUCGGCAACAAAGUCAUCAGCAUCACCAAAAUCAUUCUAAACCUCCUUCAGCGACCGUAACAUUAUCGCAAUUACAAACCCAGGAAAGUUACCAAAAUAACAAUUCUUGCUUCUAUUCAUCAAAUGGUUUAGUCAAGCAAGAGCAGAAAUCUUUUAAAAAAGCAGAAACCGUGAAUCGAGAAAAGGAAAGAUCUCAACCCAGGCCGGAUUACACUCAAGUUUCGCCUGCGAAACUCGCACUGCGCAGACAUUUGUCUCAGGAAAAAUUAGCUGCAGCUUCGGCGCAACAAAUUCAACAACUCGAUGAAAAAGGAGGAUUGGGUUACGUAGCUACUCGUUCUAUUGGUGAUUUGGUCAGUGGAGAAAUAGAAAGAACUUUAGAAAUAUCUAAUCAGCAUAUUAUUAAUGUGGCUAUCGAUAUGAGCCCCAUUUUAAAUUCAUCAUCGGCAAGUUCAGUAGCAAACAACAUGCCACCUAAAACGGAAAGAAGCGGAAGUAGGUUAUCUCGAGUCGAAGACACAUUUAAAAAAGAGGAAGAAAGAGUUGCGAGCAGCCCUUCUCCCCUUUUGCGGACUGUUUAUUCCCCUAUAUCCCGACCGAGUAGUGCGGAAGUUGGAAAUCCUCCUACUCCGACUAACAUAAUUCAUCCGACAACAAUAUUGGAAGGAUUAGCUUAUCCUCACCGACCAAAAUCUCCGAUUAGUCAUAAUAAUUUGGCGACUUUAGCACAAGUAGCAUAUAAUCAACAAUCAUAUUCUGCUAAUACUUACCCACACAGGAAUAACAAUCCGUAUUCCAAUAUGCCCUAUCACAAUUUACCAACUCAGCGGCAAAAUAAUGCGUGCCGAUACACUCCAGUUCAGUUACCCCGAGCGGAUAUCAAACCCUAUCAAGAGUCUUACUUUACUGACAUGAAAGAUUUCAAACCAAAUUCAACAAAGGCUUAUACUUGUCCGCAGCCAAAUUUUGCUCCCGUCGAAGGUUUGGCGGCUACGUUACACGCUCGAUUAUUAAACGAUGGUUCUUCGAUUUCUCCCGCGAAUGACGUGAAAGAAGAAAGUGAUACCGCCGUUCUCGAUUGCAUGCACUACGACAGUAAAUACAAUUCGAUCGGAAGAACCGUUGACAAAAGACCGGAAAUACCAAAAAUUGAAGUUUGUCCUCCGUACGUGGAAGUACAAGAUAAAAAACAUAUGGCGAUGUAUCGAAGUAGUGUUUUAAGCACUUCGAUAGUUCACAACGCGACGAUAAAAAAUGAAAUCCCCGACAGGAAUUUCACGGGAAGAAAUGCGGAUUACAAAGAUAGAAAAUCCAUCCCUCAAAAAAGAGCUUCUCCGGUUAUUCACGGACCCAUACGUUCAGCGAAAAAAUCUCAUUUGGCCGAGAGCGUUGCGGACAUUUCUUCGGUGGUUAAUAAUGCGAGUCAACCGCUUGCGAUCAGCGCGAUAUCUUCCCCGGAAAACAAUUCUGGAAAAUCGACGCCGUAUAACGAAGAAGACAGGAGACCGCACGAAGAAGCUUUGGAUUCGGUUCUAGAUGAUGAAGACAAGGGUGACAAGUGGCAGGAUAAAAUAAGCAGCGGGUUCGAUAGACUGGUCGCGUUUGCUUCCACCGAGUUGGAUAAGCGCCGUCGGAGCACCGAAGGAGAAUCAAAUGCCAGUUGCAAUACGAGCCCGGAUUCUGGAAUAGGUCACGGAGAUCCACCUUCUACAAAUCUCAUGCUACCCCCUGGGAAAAAACGGUUUUCCAUCGCCGAUAUUGAGGGACUUUGUCCCGGACCUAAAAUGCCCCGCCUUUUUAAAACUCCCCCUGCGAAACCCUCACCCGGUCGAGAUUCGCCUCCCGUACUGGAUCCUCCCCUGGUCAUCGAUAUGGUAAACGUUCCCAGAACUCCGUCUCCAUCCUCUCCUCCUCCUCUCACGAUCAACACAUUUUCUCCGGCGCCAUUAGAUGGGCCUUACAGUCCGAUAUCGACCACCGCAGAAGACCUAUCGGCUCCUCACGUGUCUCCUUCUCCUCCUUCAUUACCCCCCUCGGUUCCUGUCAAAUAUCCCGCAACGUCGGAUAACGCUGUCAAAAAAACUCCUCAUCAUUUUAAAAAGAAGUUUUUUCACCGUGAAAAUUGGGAAGUCUACGACACCUCGUCGAACGUUCAGUGUCGACCAAAGGAAAAAUUUCGUCCCAAAGGAAAAGAUUGGAAUUGGGGAGGAAGUUCGGAAUUUCAAAAAUAA